GGCUAUAAGUUGGAAAAUCAGAAACCCUAGACAGCGCCCCUCAGCGCACGAGAGAUUUCGCUGCUUCAGUCGGCCAGAGAGUCAAGCAGAAGCGGCGGCAACAAUGGUGAACGUCCCGAAGACAAAGAAGACAUAUUGCAAGAGUAAAGAGUGCAGAAAGCACACCCUGCACAAGGUGACGCAGUACAAGAAGGGAAAGGAUAGCCUUGCUGCCCAGGGAAAGAGGCGUUAUGAUAGGAAGCAGUCGGGAUAUGGUGGUCAGACCAAACCCGUCUUCCACAAAAAGGCCAAAACCACCAAGAAGAUCGUGUUGAGGCUUCAGUGCCAGGGUUGCAAGCAUGUUUCUCAGCACCCCAUCAAGAGAUGCAAGCAUUUUGAGAUUGGUGGAGAUAAGAAGGGGAAGGGCACUUCACUUUUCUAGAUGAUUUCUCUAGUCUUCUGGUUCUCUGGAUCUUUCAAAGACCUUAUAGCAUCUGCAUCUUUGUUUCUUUUUCCCUUUUUGGCCUCCCAAGUUGAUGUUGCUACUGGUUAUCUGAAUGUGCUACAAGAUUUAUGCGAUAGUUGAUUAAUUUUGACUGAGAUAUCUUUUC